CGUGGAAGGUGUAAUAAUGUGUAAUCGAGUGUGGUAUUUGAAUCUAAUGUUGGAAAAGAAUAGAAAAAUUGUUUUAUAUAAGUGUAAUAAAUAUUACUACUGCCGGUUUCAUUCGGAAUAUGUUUUAUUUAUAUUUACAAGGUUUCUUUUAGUUUUACUCAAAAUCAAAUCACUGUACACCUUCAACUAUGAAGUUAGAGGUGGUUUAACUGAGACUGGGUUAGAGUGAGAUCAUAUUGAUAAUCCAAGCAUUAGGCAUAUGGGUAAUUUUAUUAUUGCAUCUAACAUAGCUAGCAGACAAUGACAGAAACCACUUUUGUAAAGCCUCUGUCACUUGCUGAAUCAAAGAAGAAGAAUUAUAUAAAUAUAGUAAAAACUCAUUUUAACAAAAAAUUUGGAAGUGACCCAUCCUUCUAUGUGAGAGCUCCUGGUAGAGUCAAUCUGAUUGGUGAACAUAUCGAUUAUUGUGGUUAUGCUGUUUUCCCCAUGGCUAUUGAACAAGAUAUUCUUGUAGCCAUAAGUCUUAAUGGUAGUAAUAAAAUCAACCUGACUAAUGUUAAAGAAUCCUUGUAUCCAGACUUUACUACUUCUCUUGAUGUACUCAAGAUUGAUUCGUUAAAUCCAAAAUGGUAUCACUACUAUUUGUGUGGGUUUUUGGGGAUGGUUGAGCAUGCCUCGUAUGACUAUCUUUCUUCAUCAUCUGGUUUGGAUAUAGCAGUUCUAGGUACUGUUCCACCAUCUGCAGGGCUUUCCAGUUCUAGUGCACUGGUCUGUGCUGCAGCUCUAGCUACAAUGCAUGCCUAUAGUCUGUCAGUUUCAAAAUUGGAGCUUGCAUCCUUGAGUUCCAAAUGUGAACGUUAUAUAGGAACAGAGGGUGGAGGGAUGGAUCAUGCUAUAUCUGUUCUUGCAGAACCAGGUUCAGCUAAGCUUAUCGAGUUCAAUCCACUUCAAACAACUAAUGUCCUGUUACCUGAAGGAGCCAUUUUUGUCAUAGCCAACAGCUGUGUUGAGAUUAACAAAGCAGCAACAUCACACUAUAACAUUCGGGUUGUUGAGUGUCGCCUUGCAACUCAAAUUUUAGCCAAGGCUUGUGGACUGAAUGUAACAGAAGUAAGUAAACUGAAAGACGUACAAGAAUUUGCCAAUAUUCCUGUAGACCAGAUGGAGAAGAAGGUCAAGGAAGUGCUUCAUGAAAACCCAUACAGUCGUACUGAAGUUUGCCAGAUCUUAGAACUAAGUGAUUCAGAAUUUGAAACUACUCUGCUUAGUGCAAACACAAAGUUCUUGCAGGAAUUUAAAUUGUAUCAGCGAGCCCUACAUGUUUACCAGGAAGCAAGUCGCGUGUGGAGAUUUAAAGAGAUAUGUGAGAAGAAAUCUGAGACUUCUCUUCUUAUGUUGGGUCAACUGAUGACAGAGAGCCAUGCGAGUUGCAGAGAUCUCUAUGAAUGCAGUCAUCCAGAUCUUGAUGAACUGGUGCAGCUAUGUUUGAAAGCAGGGGCAUUGGGUUCAAGACUAACUGGUGCUGGAUGGGGAGGUUGUACAGUUUCUCUUGUACCUUUUGAAAAGGUGGACAACUUUUUGGUUGAUCUGAAAAAAAAUUAUUACAGCAAACAUUUCAGACUUCAAGAACUAUUGGAUACUGCUAUCUUCCCAACUAAACCAGGUGGUGGUGCUGUUAUUUAUGAAGACUAAGAAUUAUGAGAGGAGUGUGUGGAUGAACACUUAGCAGUCAAGGCCAGUCACAUGCUGUUAGAAAAAGUAUAUACCCAUAUAUAUGUAUCGUAGAUAAUGUAUUUCACAAAUACAGCUUCUUAUUAGUUGAUGGUGCUACUGCUUUUAUCGGUGAUGUUUUUGGUGGCACACAGAUAUGUUACAUUUGGAAUUAUAAAGGGGUUAGAUUUUAUCUCCUGGUGUGUAAGGAAUCUUAAAUGCUUCGUUUUGGUAAAGAGGGGAUGCAUGAUUAGCAGUUUAGUUAUUUGUUUAAAAUAUUGUUCUUUCAAUGCAUUUGAUGCAUAUCACAGAUGGUUUUAACCUGUAAUUCAGUCACAGAUAGGGGCUUGAAUAUAAAUACUUUAUUAAUGUACGAGUAAUAACAAUAUGCAGUUUGAUCUUGGGAAUGAGCACAACCAGCCCAGGAUUUUUUUUUUUGUCUUGUACUUGUAGAAUAUCAAAAAUGUUGUAUAUCACUUUAGGCUUUGGAGUUUGAUUUAUCUUGUAUUUUGAGGGAACUUGAUCCUAAUAUGGAGAUUGGAAUUUAUAGUAACCUUGAUCAUACUAAGCUAGACUUAGCUGUAUGUUUAUACUUUCACUCUUUACAAAGAGCACUUGCUGUACUUUGUAUUGUCAAAUAUUUUGUAAGAUUUUGGGUUAGAGACUAGUGAUAAAAAUAUCACUGAGUAAUAGUACUUACACUAUGCUAAACAUAUAAGGUUUAAAAGUAAAUAGAACUGGAUGCUUAUGGGACCUGUUAUUAUACAUUAAUUGUGAUUUUGUAGUUGUGAAUAUGCUAGUCAGAUUUUAUUUGGUUAUUGUACUUAACACUGGUUUUUAUAUAUAUACAGAUAUUUUGUUUGCACACUAAGUUACAACAGUACUGUAAGUACUUCAUAUAUUUUACAAACAAAAUCAUCAUAAUCAGGAGUGUAAUGUUCUUUUACAAGUCUAUUAAAUAUGUA